AUGUCCGACCAAAGCGAGUACCCCUCUGAGUCCAUUGGAUCCGACAACGGACUGCGGCCACUUUCGAAUGUGGACGAUUUGUCCCUAGGAAACCCUAGCAACAACGACCUGUCUCGCAUUAUGAACCGUGCCGGUAUCGCAUUGGCCAAUGGCUUCCCCCUCGACGAUGAUGAGGACGAAGAGGAUGUGGACGAGGAUUACGUCUCCGUCGACCAGGACGACGCAAAUGAUUUCCCAUACUGGUUCCGCCGCCCGCCUACCCACCACCGCACCAAGCUGGAUGAACUGCACCCAUUCGUUCAGUUGCUGUCUGUCUCAAAUGUUGAAGACUGUAUCACAGUUGAAAAUGCUUUCCCGGAACAAGAGCGUUGCUCGCGUGACAAGUUCAUUUAUCGUCUCACCAGAUGCCCUGAGCUUAGCCUGGGUCUCUUCACUCUCCCUCUUCUCGGAGAAGGCGAGCCCAAGCCCCGCCCAACACUUGUUGGGCAUAUCAUCGCCACUCGCACUUCGGAGCCGCUUGUGACAGAUAGUUCUAUGCGCCUUCCCGCCAACUGGCAAAACGAGCGUUGGUCCUUUGAGAAUGACCAGGCUGUUGGCCACGAAGAAGGUGGUAGCACCAUUGCCAUCCACUCUUUGGCUGUUGAGCCAGAGCACCAGGGCAAGCAAGUCGGAAGCACCCUGAUGAAGUCUUAUAUUCAUCGCAUCCGGGAGGCCCAGAUUGCCGAUCGUAUCGCGAUUAUCGCACACGAUCACCUGGUUCCCUUCUAUGAGUCGUUUGGCUUUGAGUCCCGCGGUCCCAGCAAGUGCCAGUUCGGUGGCGGUGGCUGGGUUGAUUUGAUCCUGGAGUUUGGCCCCGAGCCGCAGGAGUAG